UCUUCUUGACCUGCCCCCCCACCCCACCUCCCACAAGACUCAAAAUAUCAAGAACCUGGCUAAGCAAUGGCUUCUGGUUCUCUGUACACCAUCAGCUCUGUACGUCAGGCCCCUCUGAGGGGUAGAUGUAGAUCCGCAGGGAGAGGGCUGCAGAGAUCGCCCUUACACGGUGUUAGCUUGAAGAGAUGUUGUUCAGACGGAGGCAACAACAAUCGAAAGGCUAGCGCCUUCAGAAUUGUAGCAGAAGUGGAUGAGGGGAAGCAGACCAAGACCGACCGAUGGCGUGGGCUUGCCUUUGACAUGUCGGACGAUCAACAGGACAUCACAAGGGGGAAAGGGGUGGUGGAUUCCCUCUUCCAAGCUCCCAUGGGAUCUGGGACCCACUACGCUGUCAUGAGCUCUUACGAUUAUGUCAGUACUGCCCUCCGCCAGUUCGCUAUGGACAACAUUAAGGAUGGCUUCUAUAUAGCCCCAGCCUUCAUGGACAAGCUUGUGGUUCACAUCACCAAGAACUUCAUGACCUUACCUAAUGUCAAGGUUCCUUUGAUUUUGGGCAUAUGGGGAGGGAAAGGUCAAGGCAAAUCUUUCCAAUGUGAGCUUGUGUUUGCCAAAAUGGGGAUCAACCCAAUCAUGAUGAGCGCCGGAGAACUAGAGAGCGGCAAUGCCGGCGAGCCAGCAAAACUGGUCCGGCAAAGGUACCGUGAGGCGGCCGACAUAAUCGCCAAGGGAAAGAUGUGCUGCCUCUUCAUCAACGAUUUGGAUGCAGGAGCUGGAAGGCUUGGGGGUACCACUCAGUAUACCGUUAACAACCAGAUGGUUAAUGCCACUCUCAUGAACAUUGCAGACAACCCAACAAAUGUACAGCUGCCGGGAAUGUAUAACAAGGAGGAGAACGCCCGGGUACCCAUCAUUGUAACGGGUAAUGACUUCUCAACUCUAUAUGCUCCGCUGAUCCGUGAUGGCAGGAUGGAGAAGUUUUACUGGGCUCCCACCAGAGACGACAGAAUUGGGGUCUGCACUGGUAUUUUCAGAGCUGAUAAUGUGCCUAAAGAUGAUAUAGUCAAGUUAGUCGACACGUUUCCUGGUCAAUCCAUCGAUUUCUUCGGUGCACUUAGAGCCAGAGUAUAUGAUGAUGAAGUGAGGAAAUGGAUAUCAGAGAUUGGGGUGGAUAACAUUGGCAAGAGACUGGUGAACUCCAAAGAAGGCCCACCCACAUUUGAGAAGCCAGCUAUGACCAUUGAGAAAUUGUUGGAGUAUGGUAACAUGCUGGUUCAAGAGCAAGAGAACGUUAAGAGAGUCCAAUUGGCGGACAAGUACUUGAGUGACGCAGCACUUGGUGAUGCAAAUAGAGACUCCAUUGACACAGGCAACUUCUAUGGAAAAGCUGCCCAACAAGUAGACUUUCCGGUGCCUGAAGGUUGCACAGAUCCUGUUGCCGGAAACUUUGAUCCCACAGCUCGAAGUGAUGAUGGCUCAUGUUUAUACCAGUUUUGAUAUCGUCCAUUCUUUUUUUUUUUUUGCAUUUAUAGACUAGUUAAAGAUGUUUACUAAGAAUUCCCUACAGAGUACCACAGUGUAUCAUUCUCAUUCGCUCU